UUUAAAUACCAAUGUUUUAUUAUUUUGUGUUAUAAUCAAAAAAACCUAGACCUGAAGUUUUGGCUGAAAUGAUGUUCAAUUGAGUCUAAAAAUCACAAAAUAUAUAUUUAUUAUUUUAUAAUAGAUAUUAAUAAUUCAUUAAAUUAAAUUAAUUGUAUUUUUACUUGUUUGACAAAAUCUAAAUAAUCCUUUGAGGUUUAUAAAAUGAGUAAUAUUUAUAUACAAGAACCUCCUACUUCUGGCAAAGUUGUGCUGAAAACUUCAUUUGGAGAUAUUGAAAUUGAAUUAUGGUCAAGGGAAUCACCAAAAGCUUGUAGAAAUUUUGUUCAAUUAUGUAUUGAAGGAUAUUAUGAUGGAGUCUUGUUUCAUCGUAUUGUUAAGGGUUUUAUAGCUCAGGGUGGAGAUCCAACUGGAACUGGAGCGGGUGGUGAAUCAAUUUAUGGCCAUCCAUUUAAAGAUGAAAUACAUUCACGUCUUCGGUUUAAUCGACGUGGUUUGGUGGCUAUGGCAAAUGCCGGAAAAGAUGAUAAUGGAUCUCAAUUCUUUUUUACUUUAGGAUCUACUCCAGAACUACAAUCCAAACAUACAAUAUUUGGAAAAGUUGCUGGUGACACUAUCUUUAAUUUAACCAAAUUAAAUGAAACUCUUGUGGAUACGGAAGAUAAACCAGUUUAUGAUCAAAAAAUACUAAAAACUAUAGUACUAAAUAAUCCUUUCCCUGAUAUUGUUCCUAGAGUUGAAAAAAAGAGUGAAAAAAUUGAAAAACUUUCAAAAAAAAAAGAGGUUAUUGGUGUCAAAAAUUUUAAACUUUUAUCAUUUGGUGAAGAAGCUGAAGAAGAUGAAGAAGAACUUAUUGAUGUUGUUAAGGAGUUUAGUGGUAGACCAAAAUCAACUCAUGAUGUUCUUAAGGAUCCUCUGUUAAGUUCAGAACCUGCUGUUGUAGAUAAUGAACUUACAGAUGACAUAGCUAUACCUUCUAGUGAUCAGAUAUCAAAAAUAAGUAUUGAUGAUGUUCGGUUAAAAUUGUCAUCUAAUAGUAAACAUAAAAAAAGUGUACCUAAAUCAGUUGAACAAUCUAAUGAAGAAGAUUCUGAUGAUUAUGAACUUGGAAAAGAUCUAAAAGAAGAGAAAAAGAGAAAAGCAGAAGAAAUCCGGAAAGAAAUAAAUCAAAUCAAAUCUCAACUUUCAAAAAAAAAAAAAGAUAAAAAAAAAGACCUAGAUAUAGACAAUACACCUAGUAUACCAUUAGUGCCUAUUGAUCCACUUAAGCAUCAAUAUUUGGAAGAUAUAAAAAAGUAUUCUUCUAAAAAAAAUGAAAUUCCAAAAAAAGGUUCAAAUAGAGAAGAAUUUGCUCUUAGUCUUUUAGAACAAUUCAAAAAUAAAUUACAUAAUGCUAUACAAUCAAGCCAAGAAAAACCCGAAACAAAAUCAAAAUCUGAAACAGAAGAAGAUGAUGAUUGGAAAAGCCAUCCACUUCAAUUUCAGAAGGAAGAUGCUGUACUAGCAAAAGAUGCAAAUAAAAAAGAUGACGAUUGGUUUGAAAUAUAUGAUCCUAGAAGUGCUAUCAAUAAAAGGAAACGUGAAUUGAAUAAAUUAAAUUCAAAAACUGAGAAGGAAAAAAAAAUUAAACUUUAAAAUAUAAAAAAUGUAUUCAAUGUAUCUUACUUUUUUUAUAAUGUAUAAUAAAUUUGGUUAUUUUUGUUUAAUGUAUUAUAAUAAAAUAUUAUUGAAAUGUAAUCAAGUCGUCAAAUUAAAAAUAUUAAAAUAAAAUUAUUACAUUAAAACGUACUAUUAUUGGACACAUAAAGAAAUUUAUUAAAUUAAGUUUUUAUUUGAUAUUCAUUUUUACUGUACUUAGUAAUAUCAUUGAUUAUAAAUAUUUAAUUUAUUAGUUAUUUAUUAUAAGUAUUUAUAAUCAAUGGUAAUAUAUACAAUAGUCUUGAUAUAACAUAUUUUAUUUAUCUUAUUUUCAAGUGUUUAUUCAAUUUGUCAAUAAAAACAAAUUUUAUUCAGUA